AGUAGUGUUGUAGACAUAACAAUUCGAAAGGCUGGUUAUGACACUAAUAUGCAAGGAAGAGGCACAUUAAGCAAAAAGGAAGCUAAUAAAGAUAUUAAACUGAAAGAAAUUAGAAAAAUAUUUAGUAUAGAGAAAAAUAUUGAACAGGAAGAAAAGCUAAUAUGA